AUGACAAGAUAUGUUAUUAAUACAAUUUUUCCUAAUGUUACUUAUCACAAUUAUAGGAAUUUAGAAAUUUUAAAUAUGGGCAAUUUUUCUUUAACAUCCAUUAAUGCUACUACACCUGCUAUGAUAUUAAAUGACGUGAGCACUAAUGUUCAUGUUGUUCAGAAAGAACGACCUAAUGCUAUAGUAGCAAAUAAUGUUGUUACAAGAAUAGGAGAAAAUUCAGUUAUUGUUGUUAAUAAAGAUCAAGAUGUAAUAAUGAAAAGAUAUAUAAAUAUUAACCCUUCAUCUAUUAUAUUGAGCAACUAG